AGAAACCAAGAAAGCGUUAAUUAGCUGUUAUUGUGAUCAUCCCAGAGGCUAAUUUUUUUUCUUGCAGCAAAUUCCAAAGUUCAUUGGAUUCAAUAGCAUUAAUCCAUCAAAAAUAAAAUGACAGCUCUAUAUAUCGUUAAUCUACAAAUAUAUUCAUUUUAUUAUCAUGAAUCAGAAAUUAACAAAACUUAUAAGAACAACUCAAGAAGAAACGGAGAUUAACCGACAAUCAGAAUCUAAAUAAAAUGUUUCCAUUAGCAUUAGCAUUCUUGAGGAGCUAAUGAUCAGGAUCAGAGAUUUCUAACAGUUGGAGAUGUUGAUGCCAUGAUGGGAACAAGUUGAAGAUGAUGGAUUAGAAAAAUAUACACUAGCAGAUACGAGUAUUAGAUAGAGAAGGGAAGUAAAAGAAAUUACAUAAGAAAUUAGCAAAGAGGAAUUCUUAUUAAUCACCAUUUUUUAUUUUAUUUUUUGAUCUUAUUAAUCACUGUAUCACAGGAGAACCAAAUAGAUUCUAGAAGAAUGUCAUUCCAACAAAGUGUUCUUAAUAACUGGUUUUGGAACCAUCAAUCAGAGAUUCAGAAGUUUAAUGUUUCUCUGUAAUAAAAGAAAGUAAUAAUGUCAUUAGAUAGAGGACCAAAAAGAAAAAAGUCAUAAGAUGCGUAUGGUACUGAAUAGAAAAAAUAGCUGACGGCCGAGGGAUGCGAGUUCAUAGAUGCUAUCACGCGGACGCUCGCGUGAUAGCAGGACUCUCACCUUUAUUCUUCCUUUCUCUCUGCGCAAUUGAACCGUGUUUUUCUCAUCGGAAAUUGCUUCUGGUAGAAUUAGGGUUGCAUCUAUCAUUCUGUUAAACAGACAUGGAUAUGGAUUUAUCUGAGAAACAUAUGAUUUUUCAACCACUUUCAGCUGAACAAAUUGCUAUCAACGAGAAGAAAAUGAACAUGACUUUGGAUGAUAUUAUCAAGAUCUCCAGAAAAACUGCUGGCUCUGACCCCAGAAAACCAAGGCCAUACAAAAGGAAGAACGUUCCAGCCGUUUUAUCGAGUUUGAGGGAAUCUAAAUCAUCUAUGAAACUGAACAGAAGGGAGAAUUUUCCAACUGCUGGUGCUCCUUUAGGGAGGAAUUCUACAAGUGUUUGGAGUCGUUUGAAGGUUUCUAAUCCUUCUGUCAGACAGGGUUUGCCUUCUCAAAGAUACCUAAACCUCCAAGACAACCAGUAUAUCGUAAGGGCGUUUGCCACUAAUGUGCAACCAGCUACAACUCGUACCAGGCCUCUAUCUCGCAACAAGAUGCCUAAUUUUAGAAACUCAAGGUAAAUCGUGGCUUCCUAGUUCCUUCUUAUCACAUCAGAAGUGUCUCCAGCUUAUUUAAGGAGCUUUUUUCGACUGUAAGUGUUCGAGUUUGGGUCUUUCUCCCAUCCAGUGUAGGGUUCGUGCAUUUGUUGCUCUUUUUACCAAGGAGAAACAACUAGUUACACUCACUAUUAUACUUCGCACUCAAGUAUGAUAUCUUAGGCGGGAAGAUAUUGGUCACUCUGCUUAUGAAAAAGUUAAUCUGGGUUGAGAAUUUGUGAUGAACUGGCUGGGCUGCUUGCACUAAUAGUAUUUCAUAUUAAGGCCGGAUAAUUUCGUAAAGUGAUGAUUUUGGUAAUCUCCUCGGGCUUGCAUUUUACCAUGAUGAUUAAUAGUUCGGACGGUGACCAAGUAAAUAAGUCCGGCUUUCUGGUUUCUGCAUUUCUCAGCUUUUCUAUGUAAUUUAUUUCAAGGGAAAAAAUUGUUUGGUCUUUUUUUUAGGUAGUUUCAUGUCUAUUUGGUCCUUUCGAUAAUCACAUUUUCCAUUUGGUCCA